AUGCCUGAGGCGGACUCUGAAGUCAAAAAUUGUGGAGCGUGCGCAGGAGAGGAUGCCAUGCCAGAGCCUGUGCCGGCCGCCACAACGCCCAAAUCGGGCGCUGCGCCGUCGCUGGGGAAGGCGGUGGUGAAGGUGCCGGGCCUGGCAAAGGCUGCCUUGUCAAAGUCUGCAGGCAUGAUUGCCAAGGCGAUGGCAGAGACAACCAGUCCGAAAGCCAGUAUUGCCAAGGCACCUCCCAAGCGUCCAGACGUCCCCAAGAGCAACCCAAAGCCGUCACCUCCGGCCAGCCCGCCGGCGGACAUGCCGGAUGACGCGUUGUACCAGUUGGUGGGCGAGCUCACUGAGGACCCCGUUGUUCAGGAUGGCCUCAUUUUAGAAGAUAGGCUGAACGAGGUUUUCAGAAGACUGUGGGAUGGCGCUGCUAGAAAACCAAAGGACUGGGUAGCUGCCUGGCAAGCCAUGGGGAUUCCUCAAGAUCGCCAAAACGAGGCCUUGCAGAAGUUGCUCAACAUUGCUUUCGUGCAAACGGAGGACCCAGACAAGGCACCACUGAUUCUAGCCGAGUUGGUUAAGGGCCACAAGGUAAAGAUGAGAAGUGUGGAGGAGGUGUUCGUGUCCUUUGGGCAGAACUUGGAUGGCAUCUUGGCCAUCAACGAGGAAGCCUGGCAGGUUUAUGCCAAGUUUCUAGUUCAUGUCUUUCCCAAGGCGGCAGCCGCUGGCUGGGGCUGGUCCCGUGUAGGGUGGGAUUGGAAGGGAUGGUGGCAAUUCUGCGAACGAUGCAUCCAAUCCUUGGAGCCCUCCAGAUCCUUUGAUGUGAUCGGACUGGUCCUGAAGCUCAUCCAGGAUAAGGAGGGCACGGAUAUACACAGUAAUCAGGAGACCGAGUCGGCAGCCGACUUCGAGAAGGUGAAGAAGAAAGGCUUCAAGAUCACCGAUCUGCCACAGGAUGCAGCUGAGAUCAUGGAGGGGAUCGUGGAGACCUUUCUGCAGAGGGAGCACUUGCCAAAAGAGGAGGUCAUGUUCACACAGGAGCUGAUCGGGGCUCGGGAUGCCAUGCCGGAGCUCGGGAACUUCGGGACCACAACCACGCCCGACCAGGAUUCGCCGGACUUCCUCAUGGAUGCCUCAGCCGUGGUCAUGGAGCUGGGCUUGAGUAUGCAAAAGGUGGCUGCCCUGAGUCAUCAGAUUCUCCAUACUUGCCUCCAGAACGAUGGCCUUGAGGCUCUGAAGCAUGCAGCAGAACACGCCAUGAAUGUCACUUAUUUGACUCAGCGUGUCUUCAUUAACGGAGCAGAUGUGGCCACAGAGCUGGCAGACAGCGUGGAGAAGUGGCACUCCGAUGACAGGCGGGGCUUUGGCAGAGAUAUGGGCACUGCGUUGAGGAAGCUGGUGCUAUCUCCAGUGCAUCGCCAAAAUGCCGACAUGGUGAAGAAGAUGUGGGCCUCCACCAUGGAAGUCUUCCGUGCCACGGCCGAGAAGCGGUUGCACAAGGCCGAGGGUGUGUCAGAGGAGAAGGAAGACGACGACUUGAGGAAAACACUUGCAUACGACAUGAUGCAGAUCCCUAUUGCUCUUAGCAAGUGCAAUCUCGAUGAUGAACGACAACAGAUGAUGAAGGACCUCUUGGCUAAAACACUUUGA